GCUCUGCGCGGCUUCUUUUCCUCCUCCUCUUCAUCUUCUUCCUCGAGUCGCGUUCUAGCAGCGUGGGAAGAGCCCGAGGAGCUGCGUUGCUGCCGCUGACUUAGGGGGAGGAAAAAGCAACCAGUUCUCGCCGGCUGAGUGGCGUGUGGGUGAGUCCGUUUGCUCGCCUUGUCACGGCAGCGACUGCUGGCGGCGUGGAAGACUGGACAGGUGAUGAAAAUGGCUGAAAAUGGAGAUGGUGAAAUUAUUUCUGACUUGGAAAGGAAGGUCUGUCAGCAAAUCGAGUACUAUUUUGGUGAUCAUAACUUGCCACGAGACAAAUUUCUACAGGAUCAAAUCAAAAUGGAUGAUGGCUGGGUGACUUUAGAAACAAUUCUCAAAUUCAACAGGCUGAAUCGCCUUACAAAAGACUUCGAUGUAAUAGUGGAAGCUUUAAGGAAAUCAAAGACUGGGCUUAUGGAAAUAAGUGAAGACAAAACUAAAAUCCGAAGAGCUCCAAACAAACCUCUGCCUGAAGUAACUGAACAGUAUAGGAAUGCAAUUAAAAGCAGAUCUGUGUAUAUCAAAGGCUUUCCACUAGAUGCAACACUUGAUGAUAUCAAAGAAUGGCUCGAUGGUAAAGGCAAUGUAGAAAACAUCCAGAUGAGGAGAACACUUCAGAAAGCUUUUAAGGGCUCAAUAUUCGCAGUAUUUGAUACUGUGGAAUCUGCCAAGCAGUUUGUGGACAUUCCAGACCAAAAGUACAAUGAGACAGAGCUGAUUGUGCUUCUCAAGGAUGAUUACUUUGCAAAGAGGAAUGACAACAGAAAACGAAACAAAUUAGAAGCAAAAGCAAAGGCCAAACAGGGAAAGGAACAGAAACAGAAACAAGCAGAAGAUGCUGAAAUGAAAUCAUUGGAGGAGAAGCAGGGAUGCUUGCUGAAAUUCUCUGGAGACUUAGAAGAUCAGACUUCUCGAGAAGAUCUCCAUGCCGUUUUUUCUGACCACGCCGAGAUUAAAUGGAUAGACUUUGUCAGAGGUGCAAAAGAGGGAAUCAUCCUAUUCAAGAGUAAUGCAAAAGAAGCUCUGGAUAAAGCCACAGAAGCAAAUAACGGGAAUCUGCAGUUGCUAGAAAAAGACGUUAAAUGGGAAAUACUUGAAGGAGAUGUGGCAAGAGAAGCACUGAAGAAAAUCAUGGAGGGGCAGCAAGAAUUGUUAAAUAAAAAGAAAGGAAAAGGUCGCCAAGGUAAAGGAAGAGGUGGUAAAGGAUCUCAAGGUGGACUGGUCAGGAAAGUGAAAUUCCAAGGCACGAAAAUAAAAUUUGACAGUGAAAAUGAAGAAGAGGCUGAAGAUGAUAGGACAACAGGUCCAGCAAGUCCCAAGAAAAGACCUCUUGAAGAGCCUGCCAAAGAAGAGCCUGCCCCAAAGCAAAAAAAAACAGAGCAUGGAUCUGAGGAUUAGGAAUAGAACUUCAAAAAGCAUUUUGAGUUUAUUAAAGAAGUUUUAAAUCAUUCCUCCAUUCAUGUUUUUUCACAAGAGAAUCUAAUAAGAUCUACUUCAAUGUCCACCUGCAAAGGGCAAAAAGAAGAAAACUAAUUAAUCUUUGAUAGUCUCUCUUUGGAUGCUUAUUUUAACAUGCAGUUUUUUUAUACUUAUAGUUUUGGUUAUACAUCAAAGACUAAAGGAGAAAGCUCAAUGAACGGAACCACCCUAAUUAAAUUGUGUACAAAAGUUGUAUCCAGUAAUAUAUACCAAAUAGGUUUUCAGCAUCUUCAAUAUUAGAAUUCAGUGAAUUAUGGGAUUAAGUUUCGAUACAGAACUGGAACAGUAGUCAGCUGUGUCAGACUGUAAAGCCAUUUGUUUCAUGGAAGAUAAGCUGGAUAUAAAUGAAUAAAAGCAAUUGUGUACAGUUA